UAUCCGCAGCCAAUCAAAGGUAGCGGGGGCGGCGUUCUGAGAACGUCUCAUUCUAAAUAUCGCGAGAUUUUUUGCUAGUCGCUUUCAGCCAAUCAGGCGUCAGUUUGCUGUGGCGCGGUCGCCGGGGAAGGAGAGUCUGUUGGCGGGCUGAAGCAGCGGAACACACCGGCGUCAUGGACGUGGAGAUGGCGGAGACUGAAAGUGAGAAGCGGCCGGCGGAGAGCGGCCCGAAGGCGGGCACGGAGGCCGGGGAGGGUCCGUCUAAAAGCUCCGGAGGCUCCUAUGAGCUGCCGUGGGUGGAGAAGUACCGACCCGUGAAACUGAAUCAGAUCGUGGGGAACGUGGAGACGGUGAGCCGCCUGGAGGUUUUUACCAGAGAGGGAAACGUUCCUAACAUCAUCAUAGCAGGUCCUCCAGGAACAGGAAAGACCACCAGCAUCCUGUGUUUGGCCCGAGCUCUGCUGGGAGCGUCCAUGAAGGACGCCGUGCUGGAGCUGAACGCCUCCAACGACAGGGGAAUCGACACCGUGAGGAACAAGAUCAAGAUGUUUGCUCAGCAGAAAGUCACGCUGCCCAAAGGACGACACAAGAUCAUCAUCCUGGAUGAAGCUGACAGUAUGACAGAUGGAGCUCAGCAGGCUCUCCGGAGGAUCAUGGAGAUCUACUCGAAGACGACUCGCUUCGCUCUCGCCUGCAACGCCUCCGAUAAAAUCAUCGAGCCGAUCCAGUCGCGCUGCGCCGUGCUGCGUUACUCCAAACUGACGGACGGUCAGAUCCUCGCGCGGCUGCAGGACGUGGUGGAGAAGGAACGUCUGUCCGUGUCCGAUGACGGGCUGGAGGCCAUCAUCUUCACCGCCCAGGGAGACAUGAGACAGGCGUUGAACAACCUGCAGUCCACACACUCUGGCUUUGGCUACAUCAGCAGCGAGAACGUGUUCAAGGUGUGCGACGAGCCACACCCCCUGCUGGUGAAAAGCAUGCUGGGACACUGUGUGGAGGGAAACAUCGACGAGGCGUAUAAGGUGGUGGAGCAGCUGUGGUCGCUGGGCUACUCUCCAGAGGACGUCAUCGGGAACAUCUUCAGGGUCUGUAAGACCUUCAACAUGGCCGAGUUCCUCAAGCUGGAGUUCAUUAAGGAAAUCGGUUAUACUCACAUGCGUGUGGCUGAAGGCGUGAACUCUCUGCUGCAGAUGGCCGGACUGCUCGCUCGACUCUGCAGUAAGACCAUAGCGCCCCCUGCCAGCUGAAUCCUGCUAAGCCCCGCCCUCUUGUUUUUCAGCCAGAUAAACGUCUCGCGUCUUGUUUCACACCACAGUGACUCAGUGUCUUGGAGGCAAAACUAUGUAAAAAUGUGACAUGUAAAUGUAUAAUUUUUGAAUAAAAAAAUACAAACUUUUCA